GUGGGGAAAAUUUGUUAGAAAGGUGAAUGGGUUGGGGGUGAACCAUGGGCAGUUUCUUAGGACUGUGCUUCCUUUGCACAGUUACCCAGCCUCCCUGUUUUCCGGGGGUCGGCUAGGAGGACUACACUGGGUCGGUCCUCACCCGCUACUGGGGGUUGGCUAACUACUGUAGCUAAUGAUUUGGUUUCCAUGGUGCGGAGCCGCGUUUCCAGUUUGCUGAGCCUCGCCUCCAGUGCUGCUAGUAAGCUUCACACGUACAAAUCUCACUAAAGGAGGCAGAGGAAUAGCUAAACAUGUGACACACUGGGCGAGAGAGGGCAGGAGAGAGAGAGGGAGACAGAGAAGCCAUUGCUGAUCAAUAUACUAAGCUAGCAGAAAUUAACUGACGCUAAACGAUUGAAAGAUAAGUGAGAAAAAGUUGAGCUGUGAGUGCGUGAGGGGAACUGAUGGAUUCUGUGAAUUCAAAAGCACGAGGUGAAGUAUUCAUUACAGUGGAGUGGAAAAAUGAACGAAAAUGUUUAACUGUGGGAAGAUAAACUAUGGAGCAACAAAAUACGCAACCAGUAGCACACACAGAGCAACAGGAAGUGACAUUUGACAGCUUGUAGGAUUGUAUCAACAAGUUUCUUUACUAUGCCAUCUGAAUGCAUCACUGUUUCAAGGGUCUGGAAUUAGAAUUUCUCUAAAAUUCUAAGACUAAGGACACUGGUGAGGUGUGAUAGUGCUGUGCUGCAGUGUGUUAGGUGAACAAAGACCUGCAGUGUUUUGAAUAGCACUGGCCAUACUCUCUGUGUGAUGAGCACUCACCCAAACUAGAAUGUGUUGAGUCAGCUGCUCUGCAAGCCUCUGUCACUCCCCAAUGUGCUAUUUAUACACACCCAAACCACCCUCUGCACAUAUCAACAGACAUACACAGACACAAGCACAUACGCAUCCUAUCUAUAUACAGGCACACAUACCCGCUAGCGCACAGCUCGGCAGACUUGAAAGCGCCUUGUAAACAGUAGUGAACGCAGACACUGGAAGCAGGGUUAGAGCUGGGCCUCAGGGCGAGUCCUGACACCGUGCUGAGGAGGAAGCAACAGGUGGGCACACAAACGCAGAGUAGCAGAGAGCAGGAGACGCUCAGGCUGAUAAGCAGCCUGCAUGGGAGCAGCUGGACUUUUACUAAACCUCACAGGAUCAUGUGCAGCAUGCUGAGGCUGCAGUAGGGAAACUCUCAGUGGACGGGUUGCUGCAGAUGUCCAGCUCUGAGCUGAAGGACACCAUGAGACGCUUGGGUUCCAACUCAGAAGACCAUUCUCGCCUCACUUCCGCCCUCUCCUGUCUGAAGAGUGCUAAUGAAACAGGAGGUGACACAAGGCCUGACUCCUGCAGCUCUGAGCCACACCAGGACAGUGAUGUCCUCUUUCCCAUUAAACCUACCUCCAGCAAUGGCAGCCCUUUCACUCCCCACCGACCCACCAGCACCCAUGGCCGCUCCAUCUCCAUAUCAGUGGUACCUUGUUCGACUGACCAGCAACCUUACAUACCAGCUGAGGAAAUGACUGAUGCCUUCACACGAGAGCCAAGCACCCCUUCAGCCACCCAAGCCUCAAAAACACAAACGCCAAAGCCCUCACACACACCACCGCUGCCUUCCCGCAAACUGCUGCAGCUCCUCCCCAACAUCGUACUGACGAGAAGCAAGAGUCACGAAUCACAGCUGACCAACCGCAUUGAGGAGCCAGCGACACAUAAAGCCUGUAAGAAGAACAAGGUAUUGGCUGCUAUUCAUAUCAAUGGCUGUGGGAACAGUCCUGAGGAAGCAGCACUGCACUCACCACUGCUGUCUGCCCGAACCCCAGGCCCUGUUCCGGUCUCAGCCCCAUACAUGAUGUUUGCCAACACCACCAUGCUGGACAAUGUGACCAUGCACAGGAGUUCCCCUCAGACACUGAGGAGAGACAUUGGCCUAGCUGUAACACACAGGUUUUCAACCAAGUCCUGGCUGUCCCAGACAUGUCAAGUGUGUCGCAAGAGCAUGAUGUUUGGUGUCAAGUGCAAGCACUGCAGAUUAAAGUGCCACAACAAAUGUACCAAAGAUGCUCCCUCAUGUCGCAUAUCAUUUCCCACAUUGCCAAGAAUGCGAAGAGCAGAAUCAGUGCCAUCAGAUAUCAAUAAUCGGAUUGAUCACACAGCAGAGAUCCCACUGCAGUUUGGUACCUUACCAAAGGCAAUAACCAAAAGGCAGGAUCACACCCCCAAUUUAAACCAGCUGGACUCCAGCAGUAACCCAUCAUCAGCGACCUCCUCCACACCUUCCUCUCCAGCACAUUUCCAGCAGAGUAACCCCCCUAGUGUCAGUGCGACCCCCCCACUCAACCCAUCACCACAGGGCUCUCGGGACAACUGUUUCCCCUUCCCAGAUGUUCCUGCUUCCACGUGUACUGCUGUUCAACACUGUGGCAGCUACCAUGAGCCUGGAGUGUCGCAGGUGGCGCUCACUCACACACAGCUAACAGCAGAGGACCAAGGAGGGGAGGAGGAGGUAGAUGAAGAGAAUCCAAAAGAGGAUGAGGAGAGAAGUGGCCAGUGCAGCAGAAAAAAAAGCACAGAGGAACGUGAUGAGGAUGGGCUGGAGGAUUUGCCUUCAUCCCUAUGUCGUCGUGGCGGCAUUGGCCGUUGGAGGGACCCCAUCUCUCGUAAGGUCAGCCAAACCAGCGUGUACCUGCAGGAGUGGGACAUUCCAUAUGAGCAGCUGCAGCUGGGAGAGCUUAUUGGCAAGGGUCGGUGGGGGAAGGUGCAUAAGGGCCGCUGGCACGGUGAAGUGGCUAUUCGCCUGCUGGAGAUCGACGGCAACAACCAGGAUCACCUGAAGCUCUUUAAGAAGGAGGUGAUGAACUACAGGCAGACCAGACAUGAGAAUGUUGUUUUGUUCAUGGGCGCUUGUAUGGCUCCUCCCCACCUCGCCAUUAUCACCAGUUUCUGUAAAGGUUUGACUCUGUACUCUGUUGUAAGAGAAAGAGGUCACAUGCUUGACAUCAAUAAAACCAGACAGAUUGCUCAGGAGAUUGUUAAGGGAAUGGGUUAUCUGCAUGCCAAAGGUAUCAUUCACAAGGAUCUGAAGUCAAAGAAUGUGUUCUAUGAUGCAAACAGAGUGGUCAUUACAGACUUUGGUCUGUUUGGGAUGUCUGGAGUGGUACAAGAAGGCAGAAGAAACAAUGUGUUGCGGAUACCUCAGGGAUGGAUCUACUACCUGGCUCCAGAAAUUGUUAAAAAAAUGAGCCCAGAGGUUGAUGAGGAUCAGCUGCCUUUCUCCAAAGCUGCUGAUGUUUAUGCAUUUGGCACAAUCUGGUAUGAGCUGCAGGUUGGAGGCUGGCCAAUCACCAACCACCCUGUGGAAGCUAAAAUCUGGCUAGUGGGAAGCAGUGAGGGCAUUAAAAAGGAGCUGGCAGGUGCCAACCUGGGAAAGGAGAUCACGGAGAUCCUGUCUGCCUGCUGGUCUUCGGAAGCAGACAACAGACUGACUUUUACCCAGCUGGCAGGCAUGCUGGAGAGACUCCCCAAACUGAACCGCAGACUCUCCCAUCCUGGACACUUCUGGAAAACGCCUGAGUAUGUAUCAUAGAAAGAGAAGGUCCUGGGUGAACCUGCCUACAGCAUCAUUCGCACCACCAAAGUGGUGAUUUUAUUUAGUUGAUAAGAUUCUGACAAGCUCUCAUUUUCAUGUCCUGUAAACAGAAUGAGAUGAAGCAAAAUGGAACAAGACAAUAUCAGUCAAAUUGAAAAUGUUGUAAAUAGGAUUUUGUACAGGAAUGUGAAUACUAUGAAACUGUCCUGCUGAGUAUCAACUAAACUACAUUACCUUGUCUAAUGUGACUAUUGUUUUUUACUUUGAGGAGAGAUCUCACCUUUUGCUAUACCUAAGAUUGUGUUUGUUGCUCCCUCCAUGCUUCCUUCAUCUUUCCUCCCAGACACUUGAGCAGUGUUGCUCACUGUCAGCAGUAAGGUUCUCUCAUGUGUUUCACCUCUUCUUCUCUCUCCUCUCUCUGUGAUUGGCUCUCCUCUUGGUGCCAACUGAUCCACCUCUGCCCGUCCCUGCUGUGUCUGAUCUCCAUGGUCAUUCUGACUUCUGUCUAUGCAUCUGUUUCAUUUGUUUUCCAACACUCCUUAUUUCACUCUGUUCUUCUUCUGGUGAAGGUCACGGGAUCAUCAUCACUGCUAUUAGGGCUCACAUGCACACUGUGUAUACAUGUGCAUGUUCAUAUUUGAUAUAUAUCUGGUGAUUUUGCUCACAUUGUGAUCAAAAGUGAAGCUAUGUAGAGCUUGGGGACAAAAAUGAUGUCCUGUGUGUGUGUAUGUGUGUGUGUGUGUGUAGGAUUUAGAAUACUUUUGAAGGGCCUCAAAGACGCACAAGAGGAGAGCUACGUGACAGUUGGAUACAGCAAAGGCAGGCUACUUUUCGGUACUAUUUCGAAAUAGAAUAGAGUGACACACAACUAUUGCAGAUAAAGUCAUCUGUGCUAACUGACACCCAUAGUGAAGCACAAGUGCUGCGUCGGCUAGUGCUGUUUGCUCAUGUGACCCUUGUCUUGCACUUUGCUGUAAUCCAAUAUUGCAAAGGCAGGCCAUAAAAGCUUGGAAGCAUAAUAAUUCACAAUCUAAGGGAAAAAAGACAACAAAGGGUCUAUACUAUAGUUUUAAUAUGCACAAAUGAGAAAUGUGUCGUAUACCUAACAGUCAGUCUUUCAUGGAAUGGCCAAUAUACACAGUUUCCCCUACGAUGCAGCUGCCAGAGACCAUAGAUGUGUACAGUUAGAUACUACAUUGGCUUUCUGCUGUUCAUUGGAUCAAUACGUCUAUGCCGCUGCCACAUCGGUGAGGUCUGUGGAGGCAGGAGAUUUAUCCACAAUCAAAAUGAUCACAACUGUGCUGAACUUUAACCAAUUUUCAAAAUUUGGUUUGUCACAAAUGCCAAACAAUAGAGCUGAAUGGAGAUUUUCACACCAACAUGCUUUCCAGUGUAUCUUUACGUGUAGAUGCUGUAGUAUACUCUUUCUUUCUUACUGCAUGUAAAAUGACUGCUAUGAUGUCGUUUUGUUUAGAAUUUAAAAUUUACAUUUUAAGGCUCACAUUAUGUUCAACAAAUAUAAACAUACAGUGCAUCAGCAGGGUUGGGUAUAGUUGCAGUGUAUAGUUGCACUGAUAAACAAAUCUUAAUGUUUUGUGCUAGUGGAAAUAAAUGAAUAAUAGAAUUAGCUCUAAUCUCAUAAAUGUAUAUUGGUAAUGAUUAAUAAAUAUUGUAUUGAGCAUCUUAUUGAUUUAUUAUUUUAUUUAAAAUAACAACAUAAGCUAUCUUAAUUUAGUAUCAGAUCAGUCACUUAACUUUAUGGUAGUUUAAAGAAAAGUGUUAGCUAUUGAGAUAUAAAACUACAACUUCUAACCUUUGAAAUGUUUUUCCUUAUUGCUUUGAUUUGGCAUUUCUUUCACUGGAACAUCCAAAAGUAGUAAACAAAAAAAAACUCUCAUUGUCAGCUAUUUGAACAGUCAGAACCCAGGAGCAAGAUGGUGGAAGCAGAGACGUAUCUCACAAAUCUUAAUGUAACUUGUAGUGUAUAUGGCCAUGGCUAGAAACAAUAAAUUCUAGCCGGUGUGUGCGCGUGUGUGUGUGUGUGUACCGGGUUUGACAGUGAGUGGUUUAUUGGCAGUUAUUUGUCCUCUACCUUUAUGCACCAGGUCUAAUUCUGCUGGAGUAGCGUGCAUCUCUGAAGCAUGAAAUUUACUUGUUUAGAAAUAUUGUCUUUACUAAUCUGCAAUGGCCGUGGCUGAGCUUGAGAUGAGCCAGAGCUCAGGCGCUCUGUAUAUUCCGAACGGAGGUGUUAAAAAUCAAUCAGUCAAUCAGCAGAUAAAAAGUCCAGUCAAAGUCCAGUCAGUCAACGACUCUGUUAGCAAGCCUGCAAUCUAAAAACAGGGAAAUGGAUACAGCUUUCUUUUGUUAAGCUGUGCCAAAUGGUUCCUCUCACUUUCUAACCACUGGCUGUUGUAGCUCUUUAUGAAUGUAAGUCUUUAUUUGUAUCUGUAGGUGAGUGGACAGAUUGCCCUGUCACUGUUUCAUAGCUGGAAGGCUGCUAGUUACAAGUGUUACUCAGCUCUGACUACUAAUUCUUAUAAAAUAACAUUUGCCAUCACAAGGGGUUGGUUCACAUACCGGUACAUUGCAAAACCUGUUCAUACAAUGCAUGCCAUUUACCUUUAAUGUUAUCUGUCUCUGCAAAUUUGUUUCACUGUUUGAGGUUUAUGUCUUAAGAGUUCUGGCUCCAAAACAAUGUUGUUAAAUGGAAUUUUAAAGAGGAACAUCUCUUUGCUGAAACACAAACAAUUCACAGAGCUGUCACCAUGGCUGUAGAAUCUAGGAUCGAAAACUGUAAUGAUCAGGGUUGUGAGCACCAAAAAGAUUAUGCCAUUCCUCUUCAUUGUAUUGUCUCAGGGCAACACAAUGGCCUGGUGAUUAGUUGCCUCACAGCAAGAGGGUUAUGGGUUUGACUCUGGGUCUGGGUCCUUCUAUUCUAUUUUCUCCGGGACUCCGGCUUCCUCCCGCAGUCCUAAAAAAAUGCAUAUUAGGUUGAUUGGCUAUGCUACAUUGCCCAUACAUUGCGUGAUUGUCUGUCUUUGUGUGUUGGCCCUGCGAUUGACUGGCGACUGGUCCAGAGUGACUAUGGGCUGACUAUAGGCUCCAGCCCCCUGCGACCCUGAUGGAUAAGUGGUGUAGAGAAUGGAUGGAUGGAUGAAUGGAUGUGUUUUUGAGACAAACUUGGACAAAGAAAAAACAGUAUCUGCACGGAGAGAUAGCACAAGAGGUAAUGAGAAAAUCUGUGUUAUUGUAAUUUGGGUGAACAGACAUUUGUAUAGUGCAUACCCCUAGAAUUCAAUACUUAAAUUUGCAUUCCAUGGUAUGAACAAAAUUGAAAAUUGGUUCCUAACCUCCGACCAAUGCCUUAUGCUGCACUGCAAAAGUACUUGACAUGACGCUUGAAAAGCGUCUGUGGGGUUGGGCUUUGGCUGUGUGUUUUAACAGAUAGACAGAACUGUCACAUGACAUCCUGUUUGAAUCAGUCUUACUUCUGGCAGAAGGAAUAAUGAGCUGAGGACAAUACAGGAAACAACAGUUCCAUUAAAGUAUAAAGAAGCUUGUGGUACUGCCACAGAUAUGUAUCUUGUGUGUAUGUGUGUGCACUCUCUCACCACAAUACGCUAUUGUGCUGCUGCUGCUGUGUGUGUGUUGUAUUGUAUUCCUUGGGCAAGAGUACAGUAUAUGUUCAUUGAAUGUAAUGAGUUUCCUCAGCACAGUGGGACAACAAUGGAUAUGCAUAUAUGUAUAUACAGUGCUGGAGGUGUAGUUGAUAUUCAGUGUUUGUGUUUAUUCAAAGGUUUUCAAGCAUUUUAGUCAUAUUUAUGUGUAGAUUUUAGACACUGUAAACUUUUGUUGGUGAAUUGUUUUGUUUUUUGGUUUGUUUGUUUGUUUUUGAGUGUAGAGUGGUUAAUAUUUUUGUACAGAAUGUGUUGAUAUUUUGUAAACUUCAGGUGUGAACAAAUGAAGACAUUAAAACUGGUCUGCAGUGGUC